AUGGAGACUGCUAAAAUUAUUUCAUUUAAUGUAUGGAUAGUUUUAUUGAUAUUUCAGUAUCAGAUUGAAGACUCAUAUUGCAAAGGGAAAAUAAGUUUGAAGUUAUUAGAAUAUAAUAAUCCGACAGGAACUGAUGCUAAAGGAGACUGUUGUGAUUCACCCGUAAAUGUUCCUGGUUGUACUAGAGGAAAAUGUGAUCAUUUAUUUAGGAUAUGUUUAUUGGACAGUACAUCUCGUUCCAAUACCAGUAAUUGUUUACAGUCUACUGACAUAACAACUUCAGAUCAAAAUGUUGUCAAGUUUGACCAGAAUCAACAAAAUGUACAGUUUGUAUUUGAUACUUGGAAGGGAGAAGCACCUAUCAAGAUUGAGGUAUUUGACUCCAAUACAGAUGACAAGAAUAAUGUCUUAAUUGAUCAAUUCCUUGAUAGAUACAAUUCAACAAAGGCAGGUUUUAAUCAGACCAGUAUUACAGCAGUUAACUUCAAUCUUAUUGGUACAAGAAGUAGAAAUCCUUCAAGUUUGAGGUUUUCAGUGUCAGUAUAUUGUGACCCACAGUACUAUGGAAGUGAUUGCUCUGUUAAAUGUGUGCCUACAAACAAAUGUGAUGGUCAUCAUACUUGUGAUCACGAAGGAAACAAAGUCUUCCUGAGUGGAUGGAGAGGAAAAGACUGUGUUGAACAGAUUCCAGGCAGUGAUGUCGACUGCAGUGUAUACACAACAACAUCACAGUCCAAGUUUCUGGGACAUAUUCAAGUUGGAGUAAGGCAUUAG